GUAAACACUCCACCGAAUGAUCCAUUCUCCUCCUUUAUUUUGGCUUCCCCUGAUUGGAAGCAAAUUUAACCCACUUCUCCUCAGUCCAGCAGGCAGCAGUAAAGAGAAGAAAAAAAGGGGGGGAGAGAGAGAGAUCAGAAAUAUGGACGAGCAAGAAUUUCGACGUCUUCUUGAGCUCUUCCCAGCCGUUCGCUCUCCAGAUUAUUACCUUGAUUUGGAUGCGUCAAGUCAAUCAACUUCCCAGUCCAAGCAGAAAGAGGAGGUGAAGCAAUUGCAAGAUGGUCAGAAUAAGGGAGGUGUAGUAGAGUCCAAUACUCGAGCAAUGGGCCAUGGUGAAGCAUUUUGGGCCAAACUAAAAGCAACUGCGGAGAAAAAGAUGAAUCCAGCAGAAGCGGAAGAAUUUUGCAAGAAUUUUCGACAAGUUUACUGGAAACUUGUGGACGAAGAACUGAGUUUGGAAGCUGCUCGGAGCUUGCUGAGGUCAUGAAGAUUUUUUUUCUCCCAACUGUUGUUACUUCUAGUCACUUCAUGUUCUGGAUAUAGUUGUUUGUGUGAUAUGUUGAUGUAUUAUUACAUACAUUGAGUUAUAUCUUUUUGUUUUUCUUAGUGAAAUGAUGUUACUCUAUAAAAUACUUUUUAAACUUUGUUUUGUCUAAUGACUAAAGAAGGGUGAAUGAACAAGCACAGAUGUCAUGCAUGACAUUGAAAAUACUUCAGAA